CCACCUCUACCUUUGUAAACUGUGGUUCAGUCAACAUUGGGGCAAUGUCAUUUUCACAAUCAUAACAGCAUAAGCUGAGAUCGGGCCGAAAGCAGUCUAUGUUCUAGCUUGUAUUUUGAAUCGAGUAACGAUGAAAAGUUUUGAGAUAUGUUAUAGAUACAAAUUCUUAAAAGCAAAAUUCUGUAUGUUAGACAGUGCUUUUAUACCUUAUUUUUCGCUGCUGAUGCACUUAUUUCUAUGAGGCGAGUAUAUUCAAAUUUUUGAAGUGCGACAACGGUUUUAUAAAUUGUAAAUGAUAAGUUCAAAUUAUUUGUUUUUAAAGCAUUACCUGUGUAUGUCACUCUGUACAUAUUAUAAAUCAUGAGUUUCUUGCAAAAAACAGCUAUUAUCACAGGAGCUACAAGGGGUAUUGGUCUUGAUAUUGCGAAAAAUUUCGCCAGUCAAGGGGUGAAAACCAUAUUGAUCGGCCGUGAUCCAGAUCGAGUCCGACAUGUUGAAGAUCGAUUUCGACAGACUUACAAGACCGAAGUUCAUGAAGGCGUUGUUCUGGACGUAUCAGACAAAGGCCAAAUAGAGAGUGUUUUAAAACCCAUAUUGGCUAGAACCCAAAUAGAUUAUUUAAUAAAUGCGGCAGGUGUAUCAAGGGAUGGAUUAUUGAUUCAAUUGAAAGACCGAGAUCUCCAAGAGACAAUCAACACCAAUUUGUUAGGAACAAUACGAUUAACCCAGCAUGUUAGUAGAUCCAUGAUAAAGAACCGGAAAGGUGGAUGUAUUAUCAAUAUUGCCAGUGUCGUGGGUGGUGUCUUUGGCGGCAACAUCGGUCAGACAGUCUACAGUGCAUCGAAAGCAGGCAUUGUGGGCUUUACGAAAUCUGCCGCAAAAGAAUUAGGUGCUUACCAAAUACGAGUGAAUGCGAUUGCACCUGGAUUUAUUGAUACCGAUAUGACAAAAUCAUUAUUGCAAGAUGAGAGUAAACGAGAAAAGCUGUUAAGCUCUAUUCCCUUGAAACGUUUUGGAACGGUAGAAGAUGUAUCAUUAGCAGCCUUAUUUAUUGCACAAUCAAUGUACAUGCAUGGCCAAGUUUUAACAAUAGACGGUGGUUUGACCUUGUAAACCAAUAAAUGAACGGAAUAACAAUUUAUCCCUCCGUCUCUCAUCAUCACUGCUCUCUAUUCUGAUUUAUCCGCUUCAUUCUUUUUAUUCACGUUCCUACUUUUUUUUUUUUUAUCAGAUUGCAUUAUUGUCCGUGCUUUUUUCUUUUUCUAGGCCUUCUUUCUUUUCCCUGUGUGUCUAUGUGUGUUUGUGUGUUACAAUUCCUAUUUUACCAUUUUUCUGCAUAAAAUAGAUUUUAAUUCAAAGUGGCUCAAAAACAUAACAGUAACCCUUUCAGGGAUAAUUCCAAUAGCAACGAUGAAGAUUGGGACGACUUCCAAUCGCCAUCCAACAUACAGUCAACAACCUUCAAUCCGUUUACUGACAAUAGCAGUCAGCAACCCAUCCUUCAACCCGAUAA